CUCGCUUGCUCCCUCAUGUAUUCUCCCUCCAAAAAUCCGCAAACACGUCCUUCAAAGAAUUCCCCUCUUUUUCACAUUCUCUUUGGUUUCCGCUGCGCUAGGGUUUUAUCUCCUGUUCAAGGGAUGGGGAGGCAUCGGAGCAUGAGCAGAAGCUACAGUCCUCGCCGUCGUAGCCGCACUCCUACACAUGCAAGAAAGAGGUACGACGAUGAACCUCGCGAUCGCCACCGAUCUCAUCGUCGCCGAUCCCCUCUUCCUUCCGGUUUGCUCAUUCGAAAUCUCCCACUCGACGCUAGGCCAGAAGAUCUUAGGGUUCCAUUUGAACGGUAUGGUCCAGUGAAGGAUGUUUAUCUGCCGAAAAAUUAUUACACAGGGGAGCCACGGGGCUUUGGCUUUGUGAAGUUUCGGUAUGGUGAAGAUGCAGCUGAAGCAAAACAACGAAUGAACCAUCAAGCUAUUGGCGGACGAGAGAUAAGAAUUGUUUUCGCUGAGGAGAAUAGAAAAACUCCCCAAGAAAUGCGUUUGACUGCCUGUGUGAGUAGUCGAGACAGGGGAAGCAGGAGAACACCACCUAGGUCCCCAAGACGCCGCCAUCGCUCUUACUCUCGCUCACCUUCACCUGCUAGGCAUGAUUCAAGGGAUCAGAGAGGGAGAGAUUAUCACCGCUCCCCCAGGCGAUCUAGAUCAAUUUCACAGGAUCGUGCUGUGAGAGAUGACUAUCGGUCUCCCAGUCGGUCCAGAUCCAAGUCGAGGGAUCGUGGGGCAAAAGAUGAUCAUCGUUCUCCCAGGCGAUCUAAAUCUGUUUCACAGUCUCUUUUUCCACAUUAUCCGCAUGGUGACAGGGAAUACAGAACCAACCAUAGGUCCCCGAGUCCUAGGGAGAAUGGUCAGGGUCUGCAUGAUGAUAGAGAUAGAAGGUCAAAGAGUCCAAGGCGUGUCAGUUGCAGUCCUUCAAGGCCUGUUCAGGAUCCCUGAGGUCCUGUGCAACAAUUGAAGUUGGAAUUCGGAUGCUUUCGAUUAUGCAAUCCUCACUAGCAGCUUUGCAAAUGAUGGUGCCUUCUUAGGGUGCGUGGUUACUGCUGGAAACUGUAAGUGUGGUUGGCCGGUUCUUUAUAUUAACGUACAGUUAGUACUAUGAGGUAGUGUGGGUAUGUUUUCAGUCU